AUGCACAAUUGGCGUCUACAAGAGCUAGCCACUCUCGGUCCCAAUGAUCGCGACCGUCGACUCGCAGAAACAAACCGGGAAAUCGAUUACUUAGACAUGAUGGAGCCUUCUCUGGAGGGGAUGAAUGAAGCGCCAAAUCCAAACCUGACACCCGAGUCAGAUGUGGUCAAUGAAGAUCUGUCCUACAAUGUGCCAGAUAAUUUUUCUUUGGACGAGAAUGGCACGUAUUACGGUGCGACAUCCAGAUUUUGUCCGCUCCCUGUGAGUGAAAACUACAUGAACGAAAGCCAUGGGGCCGAGGCGCAGAAUUUGGAGGCUAGCGAGGCAUACCAUCGUAAAUGGUUGGCUUCGAAUACGAAACUUCAUGAGUCCCUCGAGAAUCUAGCUUUCAAGAACAUUCACCAAUACACCGAUAUCGAUCCAGAUGUGUGCUUCUUUCGCGACCUGGCAUUGGGCGGGCCAUACUUCUCUCCAUUCCUACUGAAUGUUAUGUUCGCACACGCAUGUCGUCAUACAAAAGACGAUGACACUAGGUUUUCUCAGUUGAACAAAGGCGAUUAUUUCCUUCAGAAAGCGAGACAGCUUCUUAUGGAAGAGCUUGCACGAGAUACGCCUAGGAUUUGCACCAUCCAAGGUCUUUUGAUUCUUGGGGGCAGGCAAUGCGCCGUUGGCAAAAGUAGUGAGGGGUGGCUCUACACCGGAAUGGCAAUUCGGAUGAUGACUGACCUUGGUCUCCAUCUUUACCGUGGAAAUCUCGACAAGCUUCACGGCAUGGAGCCUGACGACCUUGAGGUUCGGAAGCGUCUCUAUCUCUCAGCAUUCAUCUGGGAUAAUAUUCUUUAUCAUACUAUGCUCAUCCUGGUCUUCCGCCCUUUUCUCAGCUUGUCAAUACACUCUAAGGUGCAAGGCAAUGCAUUGACAGUUCGAGCACAGCAAGUAUGUACUGAAGAGGCGACCAAAGUGAAUGGAUUCUUUCACCUUUAUGAGCGGGCCUUCAACUUCCAAAACCAGACCUAUCUUGUCUCCUACUGUGUUUACACUGCCGCAACGAUCGACAUCCAACAGAUUCGACAUAAAGAUCAUACCAUCGCGACUUCCGCAGCAAAGCGGCUUUCAACAACUCUUAAAAUGCUUGAAUCCGAAGCCCAGCAAACUCCUGGUAUUAAGAGAAGCAUUGAUAUUAUCAAGUCCCACCUCGAUCAGUGGCCCGAGGUCGCCGCCCGUCAAAAGGCGAUGAUCUCCUCUCUCGGCCAGCCCUCUCGUAUUUCGGAUCAGCUCUUGACCUCCCAUCGCAACUCGUCAGCCUCGAGUCAAUUACCUAAUAUCCUAAAUGCGCCUGUAAACUAUAGGGGCGACAAAUCCACAACAGGAGCAAAACGUUUGGCGGAAGACCCGGCGGCGAUGGGAGCAACUGAUCUUUCGGGGCUCGACCAGCCUCCACGAUACCAGGAGGCUGAAGAUGAUAUUGGUAGUUUAAUAACUGGAGCGAUGGAUCUGAAUACUUCUUGCGGAGACUGGGCAUCUUUCAAUCCCAGCGGCGGGUUCGUCCCGGAGUAUCAUGAUGAAGGCUGGGCGCUUUUUGAUCCAGGGGUAUCCUAUUUCAAUACAGAUUAA